UGUGAAAUUAUAUACAGGCAAGACUGCGGACACCUAAGAUGACGCAAUCUCCGCGCGAGGUAGGGAGGGGCCCCGCGAGGACCUCAGCCUGAAGCUUAUCACCUGGGAAGCGGAAGCCGUCGGGAGAGAAUUGGCGGCUGACGGUGACGGGUUUUCGGAGACUCUUUGCAAUCCAGCUAACUCGCUGCCCUCGUUUUACAGACAAGACUGAGGACCUGAAGGGAAAGGUGACCUCACAAAAGUCACAGAGUAAUUGGUAGAGUUGGACAAGAACCUAAGCCAGUAACUGAAGAGACCAGAGGUCUUUCUGUUAUACUUUUUGGGAAGCAGACGGUAAGAUCUUUGCAAAUUAUCUUGUAGAAAAAAUGCCCAAAGUGAAAAGGAGCCGGAAAGCUCCCCCAGAUGGUUGGGAGUUGAUCGAACCAACACUGGAUGAAUUGGAUCAAAAGAUGAGAGAAGCUGAAACAGAACCUCAUGAGGGAAAGAGGAAAGUGGAAUCUCUGUGGCCUAUCUUCAGGAUCCACCACCAAAAAACCCGGUAUAUUUUUGACCUCUUUUACAAGAGGAAAGCCAUAAGCAGAGAACUAUAUGAAUACUGUAUUAAAGAAGGCUAUGCAGAUAAAAAUCUGAUAGCAAAGUGGAAAAAGCAGGGCUAUGAGAACUUAUGCUGCCUGCGCUGCAUUCAGACACGGGACACCAAUUUUGGAACAAACUGCAUUUGCCGGGUCCCCAAAAGCAAGCUGGAAGUGGGCCGGAUCAUCGAGUGCACACACUGCGGCUGCCGGGGCUGCUCCGGCUGAGGCCCUGAGGCUCUGACCCGUCUUCACCCUGAACUUGGGACUUCGUGGGUUUCUGCCUGUUGCACCACCCCCUUUCCUGGGAGCAGCUCUUCUCGCAGAGCAGUGCUCCCGGCCUGAGUUGGAGCACGGUCUCUACAUGUAAAGGCUUUGGUGUUUCUCAGCUGUGAUUUGUAGGAAUAAAAUUUUUAAAUCUUC